AUGACAUCAACUAGGACAAUUACAGAACAAGACAAUUCGAGGGUCAACAGGAUUGCGAAUGAAAUGAAAACCAGUACUAAUCCAGUGUGCAGGUUGAAUAGAAUUCUUUCCACUGGGUUUGAUACGGGAAUUCAGAUCCGUUGCGCCAAUAGCAACAUCUAUAUGACAAGAGGAUUUUCGGAUCAGUUUAUCAAUGAUUUCCAAGAAAUAGAUCCGAGUGUAUUCAUACUCGAUUCCGAUAAAGAGCUACUCGCGCAAUAUAAAGAAUUACUAAAAGUGUACAAAAACUUGCGCGGGAAGUGGUCACUGAAUUUACCCAGAGCCACGUUCAACCACUGCGUGUAUAUGUUGGUGCUUGGUGGAGGUUUUCUGAUGUCAUCCAACCAGUCAUGUACUAAACCGUUGGUUGCCUUUGAUGUCAAGAAAGAACAAAUCCGUGUAAAGAAAUAUUUCAAGGCUGUAUGUUACGGUAGAAUGCAGAGUCUUCCCGGUGAUCAAUCUUAUAAUUUAAUAUACGACGCGGAAAACAAAAUAGACGUAAUUCGAUCGUACGUGAAAGUUCGUUCAGACGUGCAUGCAUUUACUGCUUAUUCGGCGUGUAAUUUUAUAAACAAACAAAUCGACAUGUUAAGUACUGAAGAUAGUGAGGCCGACGACGAACUUACAAGCAGCGAUAUUAAAAAAAUUGAGGAGCUCGUGAAGCAGCUGGGUAGUUUACAAGAUGAAAGACUUGAAAUAUCCAACGAAAACGAACAAUUAAAAGAACGGGUAGAAGUACUGUCUCGAGAUAAAAACGAUCAACAAGUAUCGCGCGAACAGCUGGAAAGCGAAGUCAGUCACAGUCACUCUGCUUUGGAGACUGCUAAUAAAGCGAUGCAAGAGUUUGUAGUACGAUCUCAAAACACGGAACAAUUGAACGAAACGUUACAACAACAACUGUCAGAGACGACCGUAAAACUACGUGAACGAGACGAGAUGUUAUUGAAUUUAAAUCAACAGAUUGAAAACCAGCAACAGCUGAUCGCACAUCAAGGUUCGUUACGCGAAAGUUAUGAAACUGAAUGCAAUCACCAACAAGAUACUUUGACGAAUUACGAGAAAACUAUCGAACGCUUAACAAAUGAACAACUUAUCAUGACACGGCGUUUGGACGGGGAACAUUUACAGGCCCGAGAGAAGAUCAAGUCUUUAGAAACGGCCAAUAAAGAGUUGGCAUUGAGGAUACUUCAAUAUGAAACCGACGUUCUUCAAAAAGAAUUGGACUCCAAACAAACAAUCGACUCUUUAGAUACGACCAACCGACAGUUAGAGAGAGAAUUCAACUCUUUGAAAACGGAGAACCAACAGUUCAAAUCAAAACUCGUUUCUCUAGAAACGACAAACAGAGAGUUGCACGAAAGAAUAAAGGAGAGGGAACAACAAUUAGAAAUUGAAGUGAACAGCUGUAAAGAACUCUCAGUCCGUAACAAUGAUAAACAGGAAAGACAAAUAAAACAGUUAGAGGGUAAGGUGGAAGAACAAAACACUCUGAUUACAACUUUUAAUCGCAACGCGGACAUUGUGACGGCCGAAAAGGAAAGUUUACAGGACCGAGUCGCCGGAUUGCAAGAGGAAUUAAGAAAUAGUAGGUCACGACUUAACGACACUGGAAAACGGUUAACGGACGACGAAAGAAAAAUAAAACAGAUAGAGGUAGAAAACGCGUCUUUACGGGGUAAGGUGGAAGAACAAAACACUCUGAUUACAACUCUCAAUCGCAACGCGGACAUUAUGACGGUAUCCGUUGCUAAAAAGGAUUCUCGUAUACAAGGUUUGCAGGAACGAGUCGCCGGAUUGCAAGAGGAAUCAAGUAGGUCUCGGCUUAGUAACGACGACACUGGAAAACAGAUAACGGACGACGAAAGUCGAAUGAAAAAACAGUUAGAGGUAGAAAACGCGUCUUUACGGGGUAAGGUGGAAGAACAAAACACUCUGAUUACAACUCUCAAUCGCAACGCGGACAUUAUGACGGUAUCCGUUGCUAAAAAGGAUUCUCGUAUACAAGGUUUGCAGGAACGAGUCGCCGGAUUGCAAGAGGAAUCAAGAAAUAUGUCUCGGCUUAACGACACUGGAAAACAGUUAACGGACGACGAAAGUCAAAUGAAACAGUUAGAGGUAGAAAACGCGUCUUUACGGGGUAAGGUGGAAGAACAAAACACUAGAAUUACAACUCUUAAUAGCAACGCGGACAUUAUGACGGUAUCCGUUGCUAAAAAGGAUUCUCGUAUACAAGGUUUGCAGGAACGAGUCCUCGUGUUGGAGAACGAGAACGAAACAUGUAAACAUCGUUACGAUGACGAGAUUCGACAACUGAAGAGAGAUCUCGACAAGUUUCAGUCAACUGAGUCGCGGGAAAAGAGGCACGAAAAAGCGCACGAAUUACAAACAGAUACCUUAAGAACUUUGAUCAAUAAACAAAAUUCAGUCGAAAUUGAAAGACUUAAAAAAGAACUCGAUGAAUGUAGAAGAAAAAUAGAAAAUGCAAAGGUGAAUAAAAAUGAAUUGUGUAGUCAACAUGACGAUUUACUGAAACAAAAUAUGGAAUUGGAAAAAAGCAAAUUUGAAAUUGAAGCAUUACGCCAAUCUAAUAUGCAAUUGUCGGAUAAGUUAACUAGUCAGAAACGUGCUAUUGAAAAAUAUCACGAUCAUAUUUUGGGCAAUCAUCGUCCGAACGGCGGCGGCGACGACGACGACGACGACGACGCCGUUGAAUUACUUCGCGAAACGGCUUCGAAAUGUGCUCGUGGAACUUCGUCGGAAGUAUUGAAAUUUUACCCGGUCGUAAUACCGCAUGAUGUUAACGGCUGUACUGGAACGAUGUUCAGAAUAAUACUUCUACUGUCACUAACUCCCAAUGUCCAAUUUGUAAAAAGAAAUGAAGCUAUGAUACCUCUAUGUUUUUUCGCGACACCGGGAGUGGCGUUGAAAUUCGAUGACGGCUUAGCAAAAUAUGUCAUUGUUAUUAAAAAACGAGAAAGUCUGACGUCGCUCGUGGAAUGUGUUCGUUCUAUUCUCAGACACAACGUUACUAACGACACGAGUCAAAUUACCGUCAGUUGA